AUUUGUUUGAGUUUUCGGUGACGUGAGCGUGGUUAAGAAUCUGGAAGGCGGUGAGGUGGAAUGCCAAAAAUGGUGCUCGUCUGUUUCGUUCGUGCUGCUUGUCACAAUGACUUUUGUAUUCCGGUUUGUUAUUUAUUGUUCUGGUUCAAUGCCAAUUGCUGGAGCUGUGGAUUUGUCAUUGGAGGCCCGACACCCUUUUACCCUUGCUUGCAGUGGGGAAAGGAAUUAUCAUGUCAGCUCACCUUCAAAUUCUUCAUUGGGAUUAAAUUCAGGACUGCAAAAUUACAGAUAAAUCAGCUUAAACUCCAUCUUUGGCCUGCUUCAAACGAAUAUGAUGAAUUGGACUUGGAGUCAGUGUCUGGAUCAUUCGUCAAGGAUUGACAUCUUUCGCUAGGUGUUGAACUUUCUAGAGCUGAUUGAAGAUUGAUAAAUCAUUAGUUUCUCUUCAUCAAAACAGUUUAAGUCACUUAAAGUUACAGAAAAGGCUUGUAAAUAACUCACGCAAGAACUUUUCCGGUGGCUCUUCCAUGUCACAAUCGUUUGUUGUUGUUGCUGCUCCUAACAAUCCUCUUAUCCUGUAAAGUAAAUUUUGUAUUGGUUAAGUCAUUGCUACAGUUGAAUCACAAGCAGAAUCAUUAGCAGCAUAAGGCUACAACUAAUAAUUGAUGAUUCUAAUCUUAUUGAUUUAACACCCUAUUUUUCAAUCAAAAUGAAGACUCUUAUUCGAUUUGAAGUGUGAACAGAUUCAGAAUAGAUCUAUACUUUUACUGCACAGUCAUUAUUGUAAGUGUGUUUUUAUAAAAAGAAGUGUGGUGAUUACAAAAUGAAAUUGGCACUGUCUUGUGGCAGCAUCGGCAGGAUUAUAGAUGCCUUGUGUCUUGUACCGUCGUGUAAACAAAAUAAAUUUUGAAUGAAAGAUAA